AAUUCGUUUUCCAAUUCUGUUUUCCCUGGUGGCUGAGUUUGCAAGUAUUACUUGCUCUCAGGGGGAUUGCUUACUAAAGCAAUUCCUGCUCUGUAGAUUAUAAGUGGGCAGGAUCAACCCAGCUUACAUUUACAGAAAGGUGAGAAGGGAGGAGAAAAAGAAACGUAUCAAAUUCAGGGGAGGGCAGAGGUAAUGCCAAAGAUUUCUACUUCACCACUUUAAAAUGUCUAUUUAAAGGCACUCUACUGUGUUAGACUAACAGUUCCACAUCCUAGAGGUGGUAAACAUGGCUGAGGAUAAACAAGCCUUUGUUGAUGAGAUAAAUAAAGCAUUGGCAAAGUCUGAGGGGCUUACCUUGAAGGAUCUGCUGUUCUCCUACCGGGGGACCCCGUAUCCUGUCACAGUGUGCAGUGUGGAAACAUUCCAAGCUCUGGAGAACCUGGAAGCCCGAAGAGAUGAUAUGGUGCUGGUGUCCUACCCCAAAUGCGGUGUCAACUGGCUUAUCCAGAUUUUAAGUGAUUUGAUAUUUACAACUAUCCAGAGUAAACCUGUAAGUGCAGAACUACCAUUUAUUGAAUGUGGAGAUCCAGAUAAAUAUCAGAGGAUGAAGCAGAUUCCAUCUCCAAGGAUUUUGGCAACACAUCUGAAUUAUGAUUGCCUCCCCAAGUCUAUUUUCAAGAACAAAGCCAAGAUUCUAGUGCUGUUUCGAAACCCUAAAGAUACAGCUGUUUCAUUUUUCCAUUUCCACAACAAUGUGUCAAGCGUGCCCAGUUACAGCUCCUGGGAUGAAUUCUUCUCAGAGUUCAUGAAUGGGAAAGUUGGCUGGGGAUCCUAUUUUGAUCAUGCGGUCACCUGGAACAAACACAUUGAGGAUGAGAAUACUAUGAUCAUAAUAUAUGAAGACCUGAAAGAGAACCUGACUGCCAGUGUAAAGCAGAUAGCUGAAUUCUUUGGAUUCUCCCCAACGGCAGAGCAGAUCCAGUCCAUUGCAGACAGGGCCACUUUCCAGGCAGUGAAGGAUAAGGCGGAGGAGACUCAUGGUGCUGUUGGCUCAAUUCUUUUCCGCAAAGGUGUUGUCGGAGACUGGAAAAAUCUUUUCACUGAAGCUCAGAACCAGGAAAUGGAUGCCAAAUUCAAAGUGUGCUUAGAAGGAACUAAGCUGGGAGCAAAAUUAAAAUAUGAUGUGUACUGCAAGAUCUGAACCUCCUUUACAGAAAAAAACCCUCAUAUUCAGGCUGCUUUUCAUUCACUUUCAUGAAAUAAACCAGAAACUGGCAAUAUCUGAUUUAAAAAUUUUGAAGAUCCAUGCAAUUUGCAAACCUGUUUCUGCUGUCUUAACUUACACAAGCAAUCCUUGCUUAUGCAGUUAAUACCAUUGACUUCACUGGAUUCUCUUAAAUGAGCUGUAGUUCUUUGGCCUCACUUGGUUUUUAACAACUGAUUUUUAGCUAUGAUUUCAAGUUACCUGGUAGAAUCCUGUGUGGAAUAUAUAUGCAGUAGUUAAACCUGCUGAAAUUGCUAGAAAUGUAUUUAAUAUGUUGGAAAUGAUUUUCCAAGAGAUUUUUUAAAACAAUCAUGAAAUGUCAUUUUGAUUCUUAAUUUCUAAGUUCACAUAGUAUUCACAUAUAAUUUUAAUUAGUAUAAAAUGAAGUUUCAAAAGGCCUUGUAGUUGUCUUUUGCUACUUUUUGUGUGCUGAUAAAUGUGAGAAAAAAGUAAAGGAACUCAGCAGUGGAAAUUUUCUCCCCCUUUUGGCAAAAAUAUUUUUCUUUCCUUUGGUGAUGUGAGAUCUCCUCCUGAGCAACUGAAUGAAUUGCCUUGGACAGAACUUACUUAGGGAGGUUGGAGUCCACCUUCUGGAUGUGGCUUGCUUUGUUGCUUAACCUCAACACAGGGUUACCCAUGGGGGAAAUUGGAAACCUGUACUGAGAACACCAGGUUUUGUCCACGUGGUGGUUUGGACUCCUGAGCACCCACCCUGCUUUGGAUGUUGAGGAAGUGAAUGAAGAAGCUCCUGGCUGGGCAGGAAUAGGGGGAAGUCACUUUAUGGUAUCGGGGCAGGGGAUUGGUAAACAGCUGAUUGAUUUGUGUGAAAGAAGGGGCUUCUUACACAUAAGAGAAAGAAGUGCUUCUUGCAUAACUCUGGAAAUGGAGCCUUUACCUGGGUUAUCUGGCUUUGCCUGGGUUACUUUAUGCCUAACAGUAGUAUACAGGAUCUCAGAGACAGGAUGUGAAUUUGUUCUGGUCAUCUCUCUGAGAGAUUUGAAGUGCCACUGUCCAGAACAGAAUGACUGUCCUUUGGUGGAGCCAGAAGACUGGUGUGUGCACAAGACAGUUGAACAUUGAAUGGUCUCAUAAAAGGCUGCCUUUUUGACAGCUGGGUGUUUUUCCCACCAGAUGCACUUCUUUAUCUCCCAAGAGCAGGAAGACAAAGGAAAAAGUACUCCUCUAGAGAAGGAAUAUGUGGGUAAUAGGCACACUAUUGCUAAUUUAGCGAGUAGGGGAGGUUAUGGUCUUCCUCCUUAUAGUUUGUCAGCUUCUGUCUGACAAAUAAUUGUCGUGAGUUGCCAGAAGGAGUGGUUGUUACCGCAAUGCUGGGUAAAGAAUAUAGCUUAGCCAGCCUGAAAACUCAAGUAUUGGGUACUUGAGGUGUUGAUACAGAUGGACUCAGUAAGACCUUCCACUGCACACUUUGUUAUCUGAUGGUAAGCACAAUAAACUCCUAGUCAUUCAGUGCUAAUGAGAAUCCCUUUCUAAAAGUCUACCAUGACAAAGGCAUUAACUUCAAUGCAUAGUUAG